AUGGGUGCUUCUCUGGGAUAUUAUAAUCACUACCCUAGGAUUCCAAAUGACAGCAUCAAUGAUGGCCAUGUUUCAGAAGACACUUCAUCUCAUAAUACCUCUGAUUAUGGAAGUGGAAGGACUCAUUAUAAUACAUUAGAAAAAAGUGCUCUUAUCUCCAUAUUGGUCAUCUGCGUUUUUGGUGCUGUGGGGAAUGGAAUUGUCAUCUGGCUUCUCGGCUUCCGUAUUAAGAGGAAUCCUUUCAUCACAUACAUCCUGAACUUGGCCGUCGCUGAUUUCAUGCUCCUCGUGACACCUAUGGCUGUUAUUGUUAUUGUCCUUUCUAACUUAGCUCGUACUGUCUUCCUAUUGUCCUCCUUCUUGUUCCUAUCAAUGUACAGCUGUAGUCAACUUUUACUGACUGCUAUCAGCAUUGACAGGUGUGUGGCUGCCUUCUUCCCGAUUUGGCAUCACUGCCUCCAGCCACCACGUUUGUCCACCAUCAUAUGUGAAGUAAUAUGGAUUCUUACUGCCCUGCUUUCUAUUAUUCGUAUCAUUAUCCGAAUUACUGAUUCUAAGGUAAUGAAUAUUUUAGCAUUUUACCAGUUUCUUGUGAGUGCCGUGUUUUGCCUCCCACUCACAACCGCUGCGACUGUCGCCCUGUUCAUUAAAGGCUGCUGCAAAGCACAACAGCAGCAGAGGGGAAAGCUUUUGACUAUCAUCUUGGUCACUCUCAUCUUCUUCCUCUUCUUGGCUUUUCCUUUGAAUGUCAUAGUCAUCUUGAAUAUAUAUAGUUAUGUGCCAUUGUAUGUUGAACUGCUUGCAAUUGCAUUGCUCUGUUUAAAAAGCAGUGUUAACCCCAUGAUUUAUUUCCUGGUUGGGAGACAAAGGAAGGCUCAACACAGGGAGAGCUUGAAGGACAUUCUCCAGAGGGUUUUCAAGGAGGAAGGCGGCUGUACUGAGGAACUACAGCUAAGGAGCCUUGACAAUCUCAAUGUCUCGCCUGAGCUCCUGAGGAGACGGCAAGAAGAAUUGUGUGACUGUUUUGGUGGUACAGAAGUGGCCCCUGAUGAAGUGGGUAUUUCGUGA